AUGCCGCCGAGCCACGAAGGAGCGCCUCAUCAUGAUUCCCGAGCUCGCGAUGACUUAACCGUCUGCCGAAACGGGUUUCGGUGGCUCGUCGCCGAGAUCGCUGCAACUGAUUUUGGAACGGCACACAGCGUGUUUUUGUCGCCCUCAGGUUCGAUGCCUCCGCCUCGUUUUUUUAUUGCCGCCCAGAGGGUCCUCCGGGCGUUGGGGCGCCAAAGUUAUAUCAUCUCGCCCUACUUUUUUGUGAGCUACUUUUUAAUUGUGUCAUGUCACGACAUAUCUCGCUCCUAAUAUGGGUCAGUGUGCUUGGUUGGUUGGCCCGGGCGCAGCAGCGGCCCUUCAACCUGGCCCAUGAGAAUCGGUCGCUGAUUGUGAUGGUCGCACCUUCUGUUUGGUAGGUGGACAAAAAUAAUUGGCUUCCUUUCACCAUAAACUUAACAUUGACAUGUCGUCCACCUAUUUCACAAUAAAUCCAAACUUUCUACUGACUUGCUUUAGGGACAAUGUAUAUCAAGAAGCUUUUCUGGAUAUCAUCAACUUCCAAUUAGAGUUUGCCAAAGCUCUGCAUGAGCAUGAAAAUGUGGUCUUGAUCGCGGACAAACACACAAUGCCCUACUUGGAUGGUCGAGUACCGAAUAUGAAGAACCGUCUUCCUUAUGACGCCUUAAUUGAGGCCAAUUUAUACGACAUCAACGUGCAUGACUACGCGCCGCAAGGAGUGAAAAAUUUAGUCAAGUUCAUUUACAGGUAUUAUAAAUUACGAAACUCCUAUUUCCGAUUACAUAUAUAGUCAUACAGAGCCAUUUUAGGAACAAAAAUAUGGCUGAUAUAUCGGACAAACAAGUGGACGAUGGCUUCAAUCGAUUCCUGAUCGAUAACCGAAUCAGAAUCGACAAAAGAGAAAUGGAUUUGACCUUGUCCGGCAGAGACGUGGUGGAUAAUGGGAUGAAUAAAGCAGUGAUCUCAGAAGUAGGUAAUCCUGGACAACAACAAGAGAUCAUUCUAGAAUGUUCAACGGCUUAAUGAGAACCGACUACCGGACUGGGGCAUCAUGAUCAAGUUGUCCAACGCUUUCCGAAAAGUUAUUACUCUUUCUAAUAAUUUAAUUGAGACUAGCUUAUGGGAUGUAAUGGGUAAUACUAGGAAUCAAGGCGUCAAAUUGACGUAAUUUAAAGCAUGUUAAUUUAGACAGCUUCCCGUACAAUCUAGACAUUAUCCAUUCCAUCCCACUCUAAUAACCCUAAAAGACAUUAUUAAUUAUAAUAAAGCUUUAAUAAUUAAUAAUGUCAACUAGCCACUAACCCAUUAACCAUCUUUUUCCUCGACAAAUUAACCCGGUUUCUUUUCGUUAAGGUGGUGAUGGUGGAGAAGCCUGAGGAUUACGAAACAAUGCGGUUGGAUGACAUCUUUUUGUUUAUCGACGAAGAUGUAAGUCUCUUUAGACAACAUGAAGACCCCAGUUCUAUUACAAUGACAUUCAUUGCUCUCAGAUCCUAGCCAUUCCACCACUCAAGGAGCCGGAGAGAGCCGAAUUGGAGGCCGCGAUCAAGAGGAAAUUCAGGAAUGAGAUCAUUUUAAUCGAUCUGCCUGUCAGUGGGAUCACUCCCAUUGGAAACUGCGGGUUUUAUACAGCGGCAUUGUCUACUGAAAAGUGAGGAAACCCAACCUUGUAUUAUUUUAUUCAUCAUUCCAGAUAUGUUUACGUGCCAGUCUACGGGAACGAUCCCUCAAACUGGAAUCACGGGUUCAGCACAAUGGAUGACAAGAUGGCUCUCAAUAUCAUCGGUGCCAACACGCGGAAGAAGGUGAUCCCAAUCAGUGUCCCCAUGUCAUUUUGCAAAAGAAAUCUUUCCUUGCGAUCAAUAACAUGGACCGUUCAUGGGCAAACUGCGGACCAACUAAUCAGCAUCCCCAGGAGGAAAUUCACAUUGUAA